GUUUUUCUUUUUCGAAGGCAGCAUUUUUCUUUUCAUCCUUUCCUGGAAUUGAACUUUUGUUGCUUCCUUUAUAUUCUCCUUUUCUUUCCACACUUUUUUUCACCCUUCACUUUCGUCUGUCCGACUUCGUCACAUCUCUCGAGAUACUUACAACCUUUGAUUUGCUCCAGGAUUUGUCCAAAAUUGCAUAAGGCUUCACUCGCUUCACUUCUGUCAUCAAAGCCUGUACGCGGUCUAACCUUUGUUGCUUUGUUGAAAAAGAAUUGAUCUAUCCAUCUUGCCUGGAAAGAAGAAACCUAGUCUUAGUACCUCAUUCAUUACCAAUUGAUAGUCUAUAGUCGACGAACUUGUUCAUUCACCAAACACAAAGGCUUUGAUAACAUAUGUCCAUCCUGAGACUCUACUAAAGCAGCAUCAUUGACCAUCGCAUUACUCAAAACUUGCAAGUAUGAACUGCUCUCCGGAUAUCUUGCAUCAUGUUCGUGUUUCACAAGCAUCAUUAAAAGCAUCGAACAUCAACCUCAAAUUGGCUGAGUACAACGCUCACAAAAUCCAGGUGGAUGAAUACAAAUUGGAAAUUUAUGCGCAUUUGCUCCAUUUGGACACAAAGACAAAGCCCAAUCUCCAGCUCAUUCAACAACAGCCUGAGAUCAACUUGAGGAUGAGGCCUAUUCUUCUUGACUUUCUUAUGGAUGUCAUCAACAAAUUGAGCUUAUCGAAAUCGACGUUUCCGUUGACGGUUAACAUCAUUGAUAGAUAUUGCUCAGUCAGAAUUGUCAAGAAACAACACUAUCAGCUUUUGGGACUCACAGCUUUGUGGAUUGCAUGCAAGAACUUGGAUUCCAAAUUCCGUAUUCCGCUGCUCAAUGACUUGUGCAAGUACUGUUGUCAUUGUUACGACAAGAAGUUGUUUUUGGAAAUGGAAAACCAUGUGCUCAAAUCGUUUGGCUGGCUUGUCGAUGCUCCGACAUUCGAUUCCUUCAUCGAUGUGUAUAUUCACUCGUUGGCAAAGUCGAGGUUUUUAGCUGGCUCUAAAAGCCCUCACAAGACUUGCAACGAUAUCAAGGUCAUUGCCAUCUACAUUUGUGAACUCAUCCAGUUCUACCCGAACAUUUAUUUCAACUACACACUGCCUAAGAUCGCCAUGAUCUCUGUCGUCUUGGCAUGCUUGAUUCUCGACGUUUGCAAAUUCAAUCACAUAAAUGAUAUUGUGGAAUUUAUCUCCACGUUGGAUCCUGUGAUCACCAUGGCCGAGUUUGAUCAGGCAUUCUCUUUGCUCACGAAAGUGUUGAAGAGUCCUCCUCCUUCCUUGAAGGCCCAGUACUUCAACGAAUCUCUGCGCUUUUUGCAUCUUAUGAAGUUGGUCGUCAGCUUCACCUGGAAGCACUUGGCGCAGAGGGAUGCCACUGCCACGCGGCAUGUCUUGAAGUACUCUCCAAGAUCCGAAGUCACAUGCACACCUGUGGCGUCCGGAGGCCUGACUACUCCAAAGUAUCCUGUGACACCGGUGCUGCAGAGCAUCAGCCCAAAGAAUCCCGAGUACGAGCGGCCACUGCUCAUCGCAGAGGCUGCUGCGUUACCGAAAACGGUGAAUCUCUCAAAAUCAAACCUUGAUAAAGUGGGUUUUUUAUUAUGA